ACCGACUAUAGUUCGCUUGUUUUGGACUAAUUCUCAAUUGUUUGCCAGCCCCCGGACUACCGCUAACUCGUGGAGAGCAGAUCAGUCACUUGUUACCUAUACACAGAUUCGAGAGUGCCGUGAUAUCAGGCCGCUAGAUUUGCUCCGCUUUACCGACUGAAACCUGAUCAAAAUGGUUGACUCUUUUUUGGGAAAGAAAUACAAGCUCGGCUCUAGCGAAAACUUCGAUGAGUUCAUGAAAUCGUUGGGUGUAAGCCUAGUGACGCGCAAACUAGGCAACGCAGUGUCCCCAGUGGUGGACCUGCAGAAGGAAGGGGACGAGUACGUUUUGUCCUCGAUUUCCACCUUCAAGAACGUCAUCCUGCGCUUCAAACCCGGCGUGGAAUUCGAGCAGGAGACGCCAGAUGGCAGGAAAGUCUUGGCUACCUUCACGGUAAACGGUAACACCCUGCACGAGGUGCAGAAGAACCCCGACGGGAGGGAGACGGUCAUCGAUAGGACCUUCAGCAACGAUGAGAUCAAGAUGGUAAUGAACGUUGGCGAUAUCACCGCAACAAGAAUCUACAAAUUACAAGGCUGAUAAAUCUAGCUUUAGAUCAUUUUAUACGUUUUUUGUACUGAUAAGGUGAUAAUCAGUAGUUAUCGAAGCCAAAAAGUUACGUUACAUUUCUCUUUAUAUUGAUUCAAUCAUUUGUUAAGUUAGUUAAGAAUGCAUUUUGUAUUACUGCAAUUAUUCCAUUGAAAUAAAAAUUGUUUUUUCCCAA